AUGGGAACUUUCCUGUGUUUAAUGGUAGAAGAAUCUCUACGUGUCUCUCCAGACAUUAUUUUAGGCAUGGAGAGGAAACCCCAGAGAAAGUACUGGAUCCCAGCUUCAGGAGUUGAGACUGUUGCUGGUUCCCCUUUACCAGAUGAUAUAGGCCACACUCCAGGCUGGGUACCAAUUAAUCCAUCAUCAAGACAACAAUAUUGGCACCUGUCAGCGAUAUAUCUGAACGUUGAUCUGGCCCUCGAACUAAAAACUAGGAGUCCAAGCUGUUACACAUGGCGUAGCAGUAGGUUAGAUGUGGCAACGCUACAACUGAUCAACAGUACUGAUAAUGAAUGCGCACUUACAGCGGAGAUUUCGGCAGUGUCCAAGUCCUCCAUGAGAAGGACAUCUAUUGUAAUGGUGGAAAAUAAAGUGACUGGAGAGGUGUUGAAAUGUAUUGUCAUAGUUGAUACGUUACAUCGUAUUGAGAUUGAGACCACAACACGUCUGUUGUACCUUGAGGAUUCUCCCGAGGAAAUGAUGGUACGAGGCUACGAUUUAGAAGGUAACGUGUUUUCUAGCUUGCAAGGCUUAGAGUUCCAGUGGAGUCUUCACUCGGACACUACAGGUGGUCAUGACGACAUUGUUGAUGCCAAUUCUAUUCUCAGGAUUUUAAAGUUCAGUGAAUCACAUUACACCACUCCACCCCACAUUGAGAAGAUAGAAGAGCGGGGACGUCAAGGGGACAUCAUUCUUGUGGAAGGAGUCAGGACAGGAAGUGCCUAUGUCUGGGCAAAACUCAGAGACACCUCUUAUGCAAAAGUGGAACACAGCAGUGUAAGAUUAAUGGUGAUUGCAAACUUGAUGAUCAGCCCUCCUGAAGCAUAUAUACUCAAAUACGCUACAGUCAAGUACAAAGUGGAACAGAUCAGGCAGAAUUCUGUAGUCGCGAUACAGAUGCCGUCUUCCCAGUAUUCUCUGGAGGUUGUAGAUGGAACCAUUGGAACCUUGGACGCCGCUACAUCUGUAGCUACAGCUUUAGAACUUGGAGAAACUGAAGUCAAACUGAUAGAUAAGAACAUCAAGACGUCAGAUGUACUAGGACAACCUUCGGCUGUUCUCCAUGUUGUCAGUCCUAGUUACCUUGGGUUUGUGGUGUUACCAGACAGAAAAUGGGUACUUGAAACAGGACGUGUGUAUACAGUAUUGAUAGAAGUUUACGAUAAACACAGCCACAAACUGUACCCUUCUGAUAAUGUGAUUAUAGAUGAGUUGUUCCCGAUAGAAUAUUUUGAUGUUCAGUUCUCUUCAAAGAAUGGAACCUACCAUAUUGUUAAAACCCUACAGAAAGGGGACACAGACCUUGAAGGGGCUCUCUCAACCAUUAUAAAACAGGACGGCUCAGAAUACAGUGUGAGUCCUACAUUGAAGCAGACACAAUUUGUGGAGAUAUUUGAUCCUAUUGUGGUUCAGCCGGAGUUACUGUUCUUCCCAUGGGAUCCUGUGAGGCAGACAUCACAUAGAUAUCAGCUUCGGGCUACAGGUGGAAGUGGAGACUAUAUGUGGAGCUCCAAUGAUGCGGAGGUUGUUACUGUUAACAAGUAUGGGGAGAUUUCUACAUCUGCACGGGGAGAAGCAGAGGUCGCUGCAUGAGAUAGAAGAAACCAACUUCAUAAGGGCUUGGCUCAGGUACAUAUAUUGCCUCCUUCAGACAUGGAAUUUCGGCCAGACAGAGUCGAGGUGGAGGUUGGCAGCGUGUUAGAGCUUCCAUUAGAUAUCCGAACCACUCUGGCGGGAAAGAAGUAUUCAUUUAAUGACUGUAGAAAC